GCGGGCUCUCGGCAGGGAUGCUCUGAGGGAUCGCCCCUGAUCCUGAGGGAUAACACGUCAGCUCCACCUGGGAGUCUGCAUGGCGGUACUUGAGCUCCCGGGAUGCAGGAGCCUUCCUGGGGGGGUCAGCAGCUCUCUAAACCACUCCUGCUUUAGGAAUGGAGCUUCGUGGUGUAGGAGAGACCUGAUGCCUCCCUGCCCGCUGCGAAAAGGCCGCUGCAGCAGCGCCCAUGGAUGCGAUCCUGAGCUGCAGCCCGGAGGACCUGGAGGAUUACUACAACUUGCUGGGAUGCGAUGAGCUAUCGACGGUUGAACAGAUUCUUGCUGAAUAUAAGAUUAGAGCCCUUGAAUGUCAUCCUGAUAAGCAUCCUGGAAACCCCAAAGCAGUGGAGAAUUUCCAGAAGCUUCAGCAGGCCAAGGAGACUCUGACCAACGAGGAGAGGCGGGCGCGUUACGAUUACUGGCGGCGGAGCAGGGUCAGCGUGCCGUUCCAGCAGUGGGAGGCGCUGAGCAGCUCGGUGAGAACGUCAAUGCACUGGGCUGUCCAAAGUAAGAAGGACCAAAUGCUGGAAGCUCCUGACUUUGGUAAUACCAACAACAGAACUACUGAGAUGUGGACCCAACAGAUGGAAAACAAUGAAGAUGGAUUGUUGGAAGGGAGCAGGGAACAAGAAGAUGUUGCAAUUCCUGAUGAUUCUUCAAAGAAUCCAGACUCCCCAAGAUUUUCGGAGGGGAAUUACUGGCACUUGCGUUUCCGCUGGUCGGGCGAUGCUCCCUCAGACCUCCUGAGGAAAUUCAGAAACUAUGAGAUCUGAAAUGAGAAACAGGAGCAUGACAUCAUCUCUUCAACAGUUCAGUAUUUUUUCUUUUGCCAGCAGUUAUAAGUUAUUUGUGUUUUGUAUUCUUUGAUUGUAAUGUGUUGUUGCAGUCAAUGUCUGAAUACUGAUCUAUCACACAUGCUGUGAAUGUUACAGAUGGAGCUUUUUCUGUUCAGUAAGCAAAGCCCUUUUCAGUAUUAACAGGAAAUGAUUUUGUGAAGUUAGCUAACAUCUUAGAUAUUGUUUCUUGUAUUCUCAAAUAUUGUGUAGUGAUUAAUGUUUCUCUCAAUAGUGUGAUGUUAUAAAAAACAUACUGUCAGUAGAACCCUGUGCUCCAGGGUAUCCUCCUCAGCAAGGAUCUACCAAAAGCUUGAUGACAAUGAACUGUAAACAGAACUGUGCUUAUCUCUCAGCUCUGUGCUUUGCUUCACUUCUCCCUUGCCUUGUACUCACUGCAGUGAUUUAUAAUGUACUCAUUACAAACUUAACUUGUCGGAGACUUGUGCUCCUAUAGAUGAAAUAAGAAGGUUCUUGUUAUCCAAGGUCUCUUGACAGAUCAAGCACUCCUAAAAAUCACUUGUCUUCUACCUUAAUAAGAACACCUUUUGCACCAGCUAUUUGUUUUGGAAGGCAGUUCCAGAACUUUACUUCUGCAGAUGGCAAUUAUUGUCUUAAGAUGUAUUGGUGGAAAAUUGAUCUCCUAUGUAUGUGUGCCAGCAUUGUCCUGUGGCUUCACAGCAGUUCCUCUCCCUGCUCAGGUGUGCUAGACAUGAUUUUAUCAGGGUUUUGUACAGUGAGGAAUGAAAAAUCAGACUAGUCAGCACUAAUGUGUACAAAAUCUCACAUGAAAAGUUUUUGAUACUUUGGGCAGCUUUUCACAUUCUACGUUGUUUAUUUAUUUUGUGUUUGUUUUCUUCUUUGCAAACUUGGCUAAUAUGUCAGGUAUUGACAUUGUGGUUUUGUGCAGGCAGAUAAUUCCAUCAGCAGCAAAUAAAACU